UGGUAUUUUGCAGAUAACCUGUUUGAUUAAAUUCCCCAAAGAGCGAGGCACCAAAAUGUCCAUUUUAGAGAAAUGGGUCUGCUUUGAUUUCUCUUAGCAAGUUAAAAAAACUAGCCUUAAAGAAUGACAACAAUGGCUUUGAGUAAUGUUUGUUCGCUAAAAAUCAAGACUUGUGAGCUCUUUGGAAUUUGUAUAAAUCACUCAUAUACCACUCUUCCUAUCCAAAUUAAAAGGUUAGACAUGAAGCCAUUAGUAAUUCAAGCUACAGCUAAAGCUAAAUCUCGGACUGAGAGUGCUAAACUUCGAAAUAGGCGAAUUCGAAAGAAGUUUAAUGGCACUCCUGAAAAACCAAGACUUUCAGUCUUCUUCUCAGAAAAACAGUUGUAUGCUACACUGAUAGAUGACCAGAACAAGAAGUGCUUGUUUUACGGAAGCACUUUGCAAAAAUCAAUCCGCGGUGAUCCACCUUGCAGCACCAUAGAAGCAGCAGAACGUGUUGGUGAGCAACUAGUGCAGACUUGUGUUGAUCUCAACAUCGAUGAAAUUUCAUCUUAUGAUCGAAAUGGUUUUGCUCGAGGAGAAAGAAUGCAAGCCUUUGAGAUUGCCAUUUCUCGACAUGGUUUCCUGUUCAAAUAGUUCUUCCUUAUUUUCUAUGUGCAUUUUGUAUAGCCUUUAAGAUUCUGGAGCUCUAACCUUUUACAAAA